AUGAAGUCGUCGUUCAAGUUCUCCAACUUGUGCGGCACCGUCUACCAGGGCGGCAAUGUCGUGUUCUCGGCCGACGGCGACUCGAUCUACUCGCCCGUCGGCAACCGACUGUCGAUCUUCAACCUGGUUCGCAACACGUCGACUACGCUGCCAUUCGAGACAAGAAAGCCGAUCGCCAGAAUCGCGCUCUCGCCCGCCAACAAGGCGAUCGUCCUCGUUGCCGACGAAGAUGGACGGGCGCUCCUGAUCAACACCGUCAAGCGGUCAUUGCUGGCGCACAUGAACUUCCAGCGACCUCUCCGCGAUGCCAAGUUCAGCAAUGAUGGCAAGUUCCUUGCGGUGACGUUCGGCAACCAGAUCAAGGUGUGGAAGACGCCUUCGCAUCUGGCCCGCGAGUUUGCACCUUUUGUGCUGCACCGCACGUAUACCGGUCACUUCGACGACGUGCUGAGCAUUCGAUGGACUCAGAACAGCAGAUUUUUCAUUACGACCUCCAAGGACAUGACCGCGCGUCUGUACUCGCUCGACCAGGUGGAAGGAUUCCGCCCCAAGACGUUCACCGGCCACCGCGAUGCUGUCAUCGGCGCCUACUUCUCCAAGGACGAAAGAACGAUCUACACGGUGUCUCGCGACGGCGCCUGCUUCACCUGGCAGGGAAAGCAGAGCGACGACGAGAACGACGACAUGCGCGAAGACGACGAAGAAGCUUGGAACCCCGCCGAGGGCACCAAGGACGGCAGCUCGUCAAAGCAGGCUGACAACGCCGUCGGGCUCACGCGAUGGGGCAUCGCCGCCAAGCACUACUUUAUGCAGACGGGCACCAAGACUGUCUGCGCCGACUUCCACGCGCACAGCUCGCUCCUGGUCGUCGGAUUCUCCAACGGCAUUUUUGGUCUUUGGGAGAUGCCGGACUUCAACCCGGUCCACCAGCUGAGCAUCAGCCAGGAGAAGAUCACGAGCGUCGCGAUCAAUGCGAGCGGCGAGUGGCUGGCGUUUGGCGCGCAUCGGCUCGGACAGCUGCUGGUGUGGGAGUGGGCGAGCGAGUCGUACAUCCUCAAGCAGCAGGGCCACUACUACGACAUGAACACGAUCGGCUUUGCUUCGGACGGUGCGGUAGCAGCCACGGGCGGAGACGACGGCAAGGUCAAGCUGUGGAACACGGCCAGUGGAUUCUGCACGGCGACGUUUUCCGAACACUCGGCGUCGGUAUCGUGCAUCGAAUUCGCCAAACAGGGUCAAGUACUGUUCAGCGCCAGCUUGGACGGCACGGUGCGCGCGUACGACUUGGUGCGCUACCGCAAUUUCCGCACGCUGACCAGCCCUGAGCCGGUGCAGUUCACCAGUCUUGCCGUCGAUCCGUCGGGCGAGGUGGUGUGUGCAGGUAGCGCCGACACGUUCGAGAUCUACAUGUGGAGUGUGCAGACGGGCAAACUGCUCGAUAUCCUUUCGGGCCACGAGGGGCCCGUCUCUGGGCUCGCUUUCAGUCCAGACGGUAGCGGUGUGCUGGCGAGUGUCAGCUGGGACAAGACGGUGCGCACCUGGGAGGUGUUCCGAACGACGCAGAGCGUCGAGACGUUUACGCUCAAUUCGGAUGGCUUAGCGGUGGCGUUCCGCCCGGACGGCCGCGAGAUCUGCGCAUCCACGCUGGACGGCUUCCUGGCGUUCUUUGACCCGCUCGAGGGCAAGCAGCUGGGUGUGGUCGAGUGCCGACGCGAUAUCGCCGGAGGGCGCAAGGUGAACGACAAGGUGGCGCGCAAGAACAAUGCGAGCGGCGCAUGCUUCACGACGGUGUGCUACAGUGCGGAUGGCGCAUGCAUCCUGGCAGGUGGUAACGCCAACUACAUCUGCCUGUACGAGGUGCGGGAGCGGGUGUUGCUCAAGCGGUGGGAGUUGACCAAGAAUCUGGCGCUCGACGGCACGCAGGACAAGCUGGACAGUCGACGCGUGACGGCAGCGGGUGCGAUCGAUCUGGUGGACGACCGCGAAGACGAGGCGGAUCUGCUGCCGACGGAGCGCGUCGACCAGUCGCUGCCCGGUGCGCAGCGCGGCGAUGCGACCAAGAGGACGACUCGGGCGAUCUCGAGGGCCAAGUGCGUGCGCUUUAACCCGACGGGUCGAUCGUGGGCGGCAGCUUCGACGUCGGGACUGCUGAUUUAUAGUCUGGACGAGCAGGCGGCGUUUGAUCCGCUGGAUCUCGACAUGGAUCUGACGCCGCAGGCGGUGCGCGAGGCAUCGCAGCGCGGCGAGCAUCUUCUGGCGGUGGUGGGAGCAUGCCGGCUGGGCGAGCGACCGCUGAUGGCCGAGGUGUACGAACGCACGUCGGCGGCGGACAUUAUGCUGGUUUCGCAGCAGCUGCCCUUGGUGCAUCUGCCUACGGUGCUGCGGUUGAUCGCGGACCGACUGCAGCCCAGCAGUGGCAGCCCGCACGUGGAGUUCCACCUGCGCUGGAUCGCGGCCAUCUUUGCGGUGCGCGGCGCCGAGAUCAAGGCCAAGGCGGCCAACGAGUACGCGCCCGUGCUGCGAGCGGUGCAGAUCGCACUCAACGAGCUGCGCGCCAACGUGAAGCGCGUGAGCGACGAGAACCUCUACUCGCUCCUGUACGUGUGGAACGGCAUCGCCAAGGCCGAGGACAAGGCGGCCAAGAAGACCAGCCAGGGCGCCGCGAGCCUCGGCGAGCUCAUGGAGGUCGAGGCGUUGUAG